AUGGCUGCUCUUCAGUGGACAGUCCAGCCUGGGCCGGUGGUCCCUGCCCACCCAGCCCCCUUGACCACCCUCUCCCUCGGAUGUGCCUCUGGCCUUCCCGCCGGCUGCCCGAGCGUCCCUGGAGGUGCUGCCUCCUCCCAGUCGUCUUUCCUGCCUCACCCCGGCCAGGCUGUCUCAUUGCGGGACUCAGGCUCCCGCUCCCCAGGACCCAGUCGCGUGACUCACUCUGUGACCUUCAGGAUCACCAAUGAAGCCUCAGCGGCGCUCAGGAACCCUGCCUCCCUGGAGUACCAGUUGCUGAGUGAAAACAUCCGACAUCAGCUCCAGUCCAUCUAUCACGAGGCCUUCUCCAGCUUUGAGGGUGUCGGUGUCCUGCUCUUUAGGCCUGACUCUGCAGCUGUGAAUGCCUCCCUUGUGUUUGGGGGCCUCGCCCCGGGCCCCUCUGCCCGUGAAGUCCUCUGGACUCUGUACCGCAAAGUGAAGGCGGCAGGGAAGAUGCUGGGGAACCUGUCCCUGGAUGAGAGCAGCCUCGCCUCUGAUGGAUCCAACCUGACCGACCUGGCCCUGGAGACCAUCAGCAUCCAUCUCAUGCUCAUGAGGCUCUUCCAGCCCCCUCUCGUCCUGCCUGGCUCUGCCCCCUUUGUCCUGCUGGAAAAGACGAUCCUCCGACAGUAAUGCGGACCAGUGGGUGGGCGUUUACAUCGAAUACAAGUUCCAGACCCCCAUCGGUACCCACCUCCCAGGCUUGGCCAAUCACCUGGCCCAGACCAUAACGGAUCCUGCUGUCCAGAAAUCCAGCAUCAUGGCCAAUGGUGCUGACGCAGAAGACCUACUUCGGAGUGUCCAGGUACGGAGACGCCCCUUCCCGCACUCCAAACCCCUCCUCCCGCCGCCCCCAGCCUUCCACAGUCAGCGCCUCAACCCUGACAACGGGAGCCAGAGCAGCAAGGCACCACCUGAGGUCACACAGCAAGGGGGGCUUCUUCCCUCCUAGCUCAUCCAAGGACUAGACGACUCCCAGGGCCGCGACAGAGGCAGGGUGGGGGGACAGUGCCUCACCACCCACACCAGGGACACCAGGCGUGCUCUAACCACGGCGGCACCCACCUCCCCCCGGAAGGUCUGGGAAACUACUCGAUACCAUCGUCACACUCAGGUCAGGCCCUGGGGAGCGGAACAGGGCAAGAUGAAGGCCUGCAGAAGAUGCGGGCAGGGGAACAGAGCUGGCGCCCUCACACCUGGCCUGACACGGUGGUGGGGCUGGAGGUAUCACUGGUCUCGAGCCAAACUCCGGUCCUUUGGGGGUAUGGAAAAUUAAAUGACACGGCGCAAUCAGAAGCUAGUACAAAAGACUGCUUUUGUUUCUAGGCAGUCAUCCAACAUGAGGACACAGGA